GAAGUUGUUCAUCGAGACAUCAAUCUUGGGAUUCGAAAUCAAAUGUGCAGCUCAUACAAAAUAACAUCAAUUGCUACAGCUGCGCUGUCUAGUUGAUCGUGAGUGACAUCCGCAGAAGAGCAACUCCUAAUCUCCAACCAACGCCAUUGUGACUACCAAUCAACCCUGAAGCUUGCAGCGCACAGUUCUUGCAUUAUCCUGGAGAAACAUCGUCGCGCAUAUAUUCGCUUUGGAGCGUGCUGAUUCGCAGUCAUGAAUUAUGUUACGUUCAACCAGGACUACAGCUGCCUGGCAGUUGGAACUGCCAAAGGGUUUCGAAUAUACCACACCGAGCCAUUCUCGAAGAUAUUCACGGGGGACAACGAGAAUGUAACUAUAAUUGAGAUGCUUUUCUCGACGUCUUUGGUGGCCAUCAAGCAGUCACCUAGACAUAUUGUAAUUCAGAAUACCAAGAGAGGCACGGUGAUAUGCGAACUUACAUUCCCAUCUGCGGUCUUGGCUGUCCGCUUGAAUCGAAAACGAUUUGCCGUGUUGUUGGAGGAGGAAAUAUAUUUGUACGAUAUACAGAACAUGGGUCUACUAUACACGAUUUCUACGUCGGCAAACCCCAACGCCAUAUGCUCCCUAUCUGCGUCGUCUGACAACUGCUAUCUGGCAUAUCCAUUACCAAAGCCCAGGGAGGAGACUGGAGAUAAGAGACCAGCCCAUGCACCACCGCUCUCGCCAUACGUCGCACCGACAUCCGGAGAGGUUCUCAUAUUUGACGCAAAAUCAUUAAAGGCUGUAAAUGUUAUUGAGGCACAUCGGGCACCCCUGUCGUGUAUUGCACUGAACAAUGAUGGAACGUUGCUGGCGACCGCGUCAGAAACAGGAACCAUUAUAAGGGUAUUUUCGGUACCAGAUGGACAGAAACUCUACCAAUUUCGAAGAGGCACUUAUCCGUCCUCAAUUUUUAGUCUAUCGUUCAAUAUGAGCUCUACGCUACUCUGCGUGUCUUCAAACUCGGAUACAAUCCAUAUAUUCCGUUUGGGCGGACCUGUUACUGGUUUGCCAGAGUCCCCACAAUCUCCUGGCGAUAAAGAUAAAUGGAGACGAUCCCGGAGUUUUGAUAGUGAAAAUGGGUCUCCUCCCGCUGGGAUAUCACCUGGCAGUGAAAUGGCAGAUGUCCCUGCAGAAAAAAGCAAGUCUAGUGGCACUUUUGGAAGCAUGAUCAGGAGAUCAUCACAAAUGGUGGGCAAAGGUGUUGCUGGAGUCGUUGGAGGAUACCUACCCCAAGCUGUUACUGAAAUGUGGGAGCCAGCGCGAGAUUUCGCUUUCAUCAAACUUCCGAAAGGAGGAAUGGGAGUUACUCCCCGAAGUGGUCCAGUCAAAAGUGUUGUGGCAAUGAGCAGCAGCAGUCCCCAAGUAAUGGUAGUGACAAGCGAUGGCGGCUUCUACAUCUACAGCAUAGACAUGGAGACGGGAGGAGAGGGAGUUUUGGUUAAGCAGUACUCUGUCCUUGAGAGUGACGACAGUCUGGAGCCACCACCCAUUAAUUAUGUGAGCUACCGUACCUAGAGGGUGUAUAUUUGAAUGGCGUUUUUUACAUCAAGCUUUAGCGUUCUUUUUUCUAAUUUGCAGUCUUUGAAACUUUCAGCAUUAUGUUAGGUGUUUCUGGUUGGUCGUUUUCGGUAUUAGGAGGGAAAUUAUUGACCAAGCUUACGAGCCGUCUCUCAUCUCAUUGAGCAUAAAAAUUAAUAACAAAUAUCAUUACAAUCUCA